UAUCUCUGAACACUUUACACGUGUUCUGAUGCGUUCAUUAAAGUCAGAAAGGUCGUUAUUAGAUGAGUUUGGACAGAGUCACGCAUGAGGUUGAACGCAUAGAUUGUAAAUAUUAAAGAUUGAACGCAUAAUCAGCGUUGAAUCAGUGUCAAAUAGUGGCAAAAUAUAAGAUGUCAUUGACAAAAAUAAAUGUUUAGCGACGUGCGUCUCUCAUAUAUAAGUCCUCUGUUUAUCAUCUCGCAUAAUGAUUAGGUUACGAUCCAUACUCCACUCGUAUUGUAGAAAAAAAUGUUUUAAACUAGAGGAUUAAAUCUAUGCAUGUGAGGAAACGUGUGUGAGAAGGCCUACAUGAGCAUGUUCCCUCGAUUGGGAAGGUGAUUGUGUAUUUUACGUAAAGUCUUUGAAGGCACCACACCAGUCGAGUGUCAAGGAGAGUGGGCGGUCUGUCAACGCCUGACCCCACGAACAGAUGCUAGUGAGGUGAUGUAUCGGGUUUUCAGUGUUUUGGCUGCGAAAAGAGAUGAGAGUGAUUGGAUGUUGUCAAAGUGAUACAACCUUCCUGUGAGCAUUAAGAUCAAGUAGCCCGUGUAUGCCAGCAGCAGCCUGCAGCAGCCGCCUGAUCUCAGCAGCUCUCCCAGUCACUCUCCCUAUGGGUGAAGCACCUUCGUAGGCGUUCUUAGCCGUGCUUCCAGCAGCCUCCGCUCCAACAACCCCCUCACAUCUAGUGUCACCAUGGGGGAGGUUGUCCAGAUGCACUUCACUACGGUGGACUACGUCAUCUUUGCCUUGCUGUUGGUGGCCUCGGCUGGUAUCGGUCUCUUCUAUGCCUUCUCUGGAGGGCGCCAGCGCACAACACAGGAGUUCCUGAUGGCUGAUCGCUCAAUGAGCUGCCUGCCUGUGUCUCUCUCUCUGCUGGCCACGUUUCAGUCCGCUGUGGCCAUCCUGGGUGCUCCGUCUGAGGUCUACACCUUCGGGACUCAGUACUGGUUCCUGGGCUGCUCUUACUUCUUGGGCCUGCUCAUCCCUGCUCAUGUCUUCAUACCGGUCUUCUACAGACUGAGAUUGUCCAGUGCCUAUGAGUAUCUGGAGCUGCGCUUCAACAAGACUGUUCGCAUAUGUGGGACUGUGACCUUCAUCGUUCAGAUGGUCAUUUAUAUGGGUGUAGUCCUGUAUGCUCCAGCCCUGGCACUCAAUGCUGUUACAGGUUUUGAUCUCUGGGGGGCAGUGCUGGCCAUGGGAUUAGUGUGUACACUCUACACUGCUCUGGGGGGUCUGAAGGCGGUGAUCUGGACCGAUGUAUUUCAGACGGUGGUGAUGUUUGCAGGCCAGCUGGCUGUGAUUGUGGUUGGGGCCAGUCAGGCGGGGGGCAUAACAGAGGUGUGGAGGAAAGCAAUGAACGGCAGUCGCAUUGCUGGACUGGACCUGAACCCCGACCCCCUGGAGCGUCAUACCUUUUGGACCCUCGGUGUGGGAGGAGUCUUCCUGAUGCUGGCUCUGUACGGGGUCAACCAGGCCCAGGUCCAGAGAUACCUCAGUGCUCGCACAGAGAAAGAGGCCAUCAUGUCCUGCUACGUGGUUUUCCCCUGCCAGCAGAUAGUCUUGUGUAUGGGCUGUCUGAUGGGUCUGGUCAUGUUUGCUCGCUAUGGGGAGGACAGCCCUCUAGACAAGGGCUAUGUCAAAACGAACGACCAGAUGGUGCUCUACUUUGUGAUGGACGUGUUCAAGGAUCUGCCCGGGCUGGCAGGACUGUUUGUGGCCUGUCUCUUUAGUGGAGCUCUCAGCACCAUCUCAUCAGCCUUCAACUCGCUUGCUACAGUAACGAUGGAGGACCUGAUAAAACCUCAUUUUCCAAACAUGACUGAAGCUAAAGCGACCCUGCUGUCAAAAGGACUCGCUUUGGCCUAUGGCCUGGUGUGUCUGGCUAUGGCAUACCUCGCCUCUCUAAUGGGAUCUGUGCUGCAGGCAGCCUUCAGCAUCUUUGGGAUGAUCGGCGGUCCUCUGCUUGGCCUCUUCUGUCUUGGGAUGUUCUUCCCCUGGGCCAACCCUAUAGGCGCAGUGGUCGGUCUAGUAUCAGGUCUAGCAAUGGCCUUCUGGAUCGGCAUUGGCAACUUUGUGAUGCGUCUAUCUGCUAACAGUGUGGUGCCAUCCCUUAAUACCACUGCUCUCCCCUUGUUUGACAACAUGACCACCACUGUCAUGUCUACAUUAGUGAAUGCUACUACAGCCAAGCCAAGGCCAACCGGUGUGGAGGCGCUCUACUCGUUGUCCUACAUGUGGUACAGUGCUCACAACUCAGCCACUGUGGUCGUGGUGGGACUGAUAGUCAGCUUCCUAACAGGACCCAUGAAGGAGAAAGAGCUGACCCCUGGCACAGUGUUUCCAGUCAUGGGUCCUCUGCUCUCCUUUCUACCGGAGCACUACAGAGAGAAGCUCUGCUGCAUCACUCCUCUGGCUCUAAAGCCCAAAGAAAUCAGCACACAGCCUUAUCAGAUGGCCAAGAAAGACAGUAACGGAGCGGCGUACUGCAAAGAGGACACGGUCACAGAGGAGAAGGAGACGGAGAGCGACAGAGCUCUGACGGAGGAGGAGGACAUGGAAACAAGGACCUCUCCGCCCUCUUGCCAUCUGACCGCUCACACCGUUCAGGAGACUGCCUUGUGAUCCUUUUUUAAUUUUUAUUUCUCAGACUUAAAAACAUGCACAAGAAACAGAGUUUCCCCCUCGGUUACAGGGGACACGUGCAGCGAAACAUCCAUCACAAAGUAUAAUGUCCCGAAUGUCUUCAGCAACAGAUGUGUAGGUAUCUGUUUUUUAUUAACAUUAUCAGUGGAAUCUGAGUACAGAAAAUGGUUAUGGACCUCCAUAUCUAAAUGGUGUUUUAAUGGUACCUGCGAACAAUUUGUCCUCUUAACAAAAAAAAAAGCAAAACAAACAUCUGGAAACGACAUUUGCCAGGCUGGAACUGUGCAUCGAAUGGCUGAAUAGUGGCAAUCAAAGAAGAAAUAACUCCGCUGAUCUAUAUUUGCAUCUCUGAUGACACUUGGGUGAAGAUAUGUGGCUAGUUUGAAUUUAAAGUGGGGAGCUCCUCCGCACAACGAGCUGCACCGCUCUGCCUGGGUCCAAUCAGGUCGUCAAGAGGUACAACAUGUGACAUGUGAUAUUUUUGUAGAGAAGACAGAACAAUGAAUAUGUAGAAGAGAAUAUAAUAUAAGAAGAAAAAGAGAGACUGAGCUUCAAUGGAAGGCAUUACUCAUAUAGGCUGCCUGAUGGUGUACUUGUCUUUACAUGGCCUUGGUUUGAUCACCCUCUAAUAGUCACCACCUCCUGCUACUACAGAAGUCUAAAUGCUGAGUCACGUGCUAAGCUAUGUGGUCAGACCAUAGACUGUAUAUACAAAUUGACAGUGUGCCGCAGCCUCCUCCGGUUGAACAGGAUGAAGCCAAAAUCCCCCCCCGCCCCGUGACGGCCUCUGAGUCUGUGCGGUAGGGAUCCACUGGAGGAGCCUCUGUAUUAUCGCCAUGCCGCCUCCACUAACGGAAAGAAAACACAAUUCAAUUUACCGAUAAGACUGGGAAACUCUGUCAGGAUAGUACUG